CCCAUGUCUUCCGUUGCAGUCUUUUCAUUCGGCGCAUUUGGUGACUUCGUGACCCUGAUAGAACUUGGUGUGAAGGUCAUAAAACAUCUCAGUGCUAGCUCUGGCCCGUCGGAGGACUAUCAGGCGUUAAUCUUGGAUAUCGAUUCCUUGGUUCGCAUCCUGAAAAUCGCCACCAUAGCUACGACCUCGAUUCGACACUCGCAGCUCCCAGCAUCCUUGGUGCAGACAGGUUGUAAUGCUCUCCAAUCAGCGCAAGAUAACCUGAAACGCCUCGAGGCCAAAAUCGAGACUUACCAGCAGAGGUUGAGAAAGGGAGGAUCAUACCGAAAGAUGAUGGAAUCUUGGGCAAAAAUCGGGUGGGGCUUGCUCGUCAAAGACGAAGACGUGAUCACGUUACGGUGGCAGCUGUCGUAUAACGUCAGGACCAUCCAAGUCGUGAUGUCUUCCGCGCAGUGUGCCCGAACGGACGAAGUGGGGCAGCAAACACAGCUCAUGCUUGACCGCCUCACCGGACGCCUUCCACAGUGCAUCGGGUACACCUGGGAAGGAGGCAUGAGCGUAGAAUCGGCACCAAUACAGCUUCGAGAUAUGUACAAUAACGUCCUGUCCAUACCUCUCGACCUCUGCGCCACUCCUGAGCUUUUUGACAAUGUACUUAGGAUGUAUUUCAAGGGCCGAAAAGGAAACAGAUUCAUCGUCAAAGGAGACUACGAACUGACGACCGCUGGUAGUAGCUCCUUACUGCAUUUGAUCGAGCCUGCUCAGUGGAAGACAGUCGUCAAGCCCGGGGUAGAAGUGGAGAUGAAGGCGAUCAUUCGGCGUCAGUCGAGACCUGAUGAUCGCACUGAUUCUGAGUGUCCGCGCUGUCGAAGAAUUGUGCACGAUGUCAGAGUUGAUACUUCCACUCCGUGUCCUUAUUGUCCUUGCGUGUUUACUAUCGCUCGAACCAACAUUGAUGAUCCGAUCAAUUCUCUGGACGUUGAUGGUUCUCUAGACCCCGAUUGUAUAUAUGGACCUACGGAGUGGAGGAUACAACACUCACAAGAAUUGGAGGAGACUUAUGCAGAAUCGCAGGCCUUGUGCCAUGUAAGACUUUUGGACUGGCUGCAGGUCAGGUAUGCUCGGCAGGUUCCAAAGUUUCAGAAGGGUAUCAGGCGGCUGACAUACAGAGAUCCUGGAUCGACUCAGGAAGUGCCUGUUUUGUGGGAGGGGACAAGAACGUUAUCCAAUGGUGUUGUCAUGCACGACGUAUUCUGUCAAGAUACUGGGGAAUUACUGUCGUUACCUCCCUCCGCCUUAGUACACAAUAUACCAGUGCUCGAGAUAGAUAUGGACCGAUAAGUUCUCGCGUUCGUUGCAGACGGCCGCAUGUAGAACGAGGACAUUGACCCAUAUUGCGUAGCGAGCUUGUCACGAUACCCUCUCAUGUAAUCCUACUAUCUGAUUUAAGUGCC